UCUUCAUAAACAUAUAAGGAGCUAUGGUUGAUCAUGUCUAAAACUUCCUUUUAUGGUAAGAACACCGUUUGAAUUCCUGGAGCGGCUGCACGAGUUGAGCCCGGCGGCGCAGCAUGAGGCCCGCGCCGCCGCCAUAGUGGAGGGGACUAUGCAGCUGGUUCUGGAGAAGGUGGUGGAGAACGACAACGACUGGAUAGUGGCCGGAGACAUGUGCGAUAUACGCAAAGCCAUCUCCCCGGCUCAGAGAGACAUCAUCGCCAACAUGGCAGGUUGUGAACCGUCUACGAAAGAAGUUAAUUGUCCCACCAGCAUGUAUCGCACAUUUGACGGUAGCUGCAAUAACAUCGACAAUCCGCAAUGGGGCGCUGCGCUACAGCCGUUCAAACGGUUUGUGUUGGCUGGGUACGAUGACAAAUGGAACGACCCGAUUGGAUGGGACAAAUCGCGGGAAUACAACGGUUUCUCUCUUCCGAGUGCCCGCCUGGUUUCUAAUAUGCUCCUGACCGGUUCUGAGGUAGAGUACGACCCUGAGUACACACACAUGCUGACGGAGUGGGGCCGCUUCUUACGUCACGACCUGGAGCAGACGGCCUCAGCUGUGGGCUGUACCGUCCUGGCUUCAGAUAAGAAGAUACUGUGCACAGACACGUGUGACAACAUCAGCCCGUGUUUCCCCAUUCCUCUUCCUGAUGACGACCCAAUGAUAAACAAUACACAGAAACCCUGUCUGCCCUUCACCCGGUCCAGCUCCAUGUGUGCAGUAGCUAUAGGAGAGACGUCCAACCCUGAUGACCUCACGGACAGGGAGCAGAUCAACCAGGUCUCCAGCUUCAUAGACGCGUCCAUGGUGUACGGCUCCUCAGAAGAGUUGGCUCAGUCACUACGUGACUUGACUACCGAUGAGGGAUUGCUGCGUGUUCAGGAGCGGACGGACAUCAGCUCAGGACUGGACCUACUGCCGUUUGAGGAGGAGGAAGAGAACUCUUGCAAUCAGGACCCGACAGGUGGUGACACUGUCCCUUGCUUCCUCUCCGGUGACAGUCGUGUGAACGAGGAUAACACAGCCAUCGCCUCUCACACCAUCUGGGUGCGGGAACACAACCGCCUGGCCCGGCAGCUCCGCACACUCAACCCGCACUGGAGCGGCGACAGGCUGUACCAGGAGGCCCGCAAUAUCGUGGCGGCGGUGAUAGCUCACAUCACCUUUGAAGAGUACCUGCCAAAAAUCCUGGGACCGGAUGCAAUGGAAGAGGUGGGGGAAUACGUCGAAUACGACCCUGAGGUGGACCCGUCCUUACGAAACUCGUUUGCCAUGGCGGCUUUCCGACUCAACGAUGCGGCUACUGCACCGCUGGUGAAGCGUUAUGACGAAAACUAUGAAGAGGACCGUGAUAUAGGAAACAUUGCCUUACGUCACACGUUUUUCGCCCCCUGGCGGAUAGUGAAGGAAAGUGGGAUCGACCCGCUGGUCAGAGGACUGAUCGGGAGCCCGGCAAAGUUGGCAACACCAAGAAAUGUUAUACAUAAAGAGCUGACCCAGCAUCUGUUCGGCCAGCCUGACCACCCCGGACUGGACAUCGCCGCCAUCACCAUCCAGCGGGGCAGGGACCACGGCAUACCGUUCUACAACAACUGGCGGGACCUCUGUGAACUUCCGCUCGCAGAAUCGUUUGGUGACCUUUCCAGUGAUGCUGACGUCAGGCAGAAGUUGUCUGACGUAUACGGUGACGUCAGCAACAUUGAUCUGUGGACAGCAGGCUUAUUGGAGGACCACGUGACCGGCGGGCGGGUGGGGCCAACUUUCAGAUGUCUACUAAAGAAACAGUUCAAUGCAAUACGACAAGGAGACAGAUUUUGGCACGAGAACUUCCAUGUGUUCUCGGCAGCUCAGCGCACCCAGAUCGGCCGUGUGACGUAUGCACGCGUCGUCUGCGACAACACAGGGGUCACCAGGCUACCACGUGACGUCUUUGUCAGGACUGACGUCACAGAUAUGAUGUCAUGUGAUGACAUUCCCAGCAUGCUUCUGGAGGUUUGGGAGGAUACUUUCGAAGAUGCAGACGAAUGUCAGAACCCGGACAUGAACGACUGUGAACAACUCUGCAUCAACCUUGUCGGAUCGUACCUCUGCGCAUGUCAUGACGGGCUCGUUCUGAGGGCGGACGGAAGGAGCUGUGCAUCUUGUCCGGAGCUGUACCCCGACGUCAUGGACGAAGACCGUGUACCCCCCGGAGACUUCGCCGUGUACGAGAAUCAGUGUUUCUGGUUCUCCUCCCUGUGGAGGGGCUGGCUGACGUACCUGGACGCCAAACAGAGCUGUGUGCUCCUGGGCGGCAAACUCGCCAUGAUCAAGGACGCUGGUGUGCAGGGGUUCCUGGAAAACUACCUCCGGAACAACAGACGGCACUUCAAGGCGUGAGUUUUGGGUGUUUUACUGUUUUAGUAUAAUAAACUUGAGGUUUGGGUCUUUUAAAAAAAUUUGAUAUAACUCCGACUGUCGGUUUACAAGACCAAUAUUUUGUUUGCAAAGGCCACAGUAUUAAACUAUGACUAACAAUACCAACUGUGUUGUCAACAGACCUCUUUCCAGUCUGCGGCCAUGUUGGAUUUCCCCGCUAAUGCACCAAAACGAGGCUGCAUGUAAAAUGUAUUCUGGACCUAAGUACGCUAUCUUCGGGUGUAGAAUUCGCCCCUCUAAAAUGAAGUACAGCAGAGUAUGUCUCGUUUUGAUGCAUGACCACGGGAAAUCCAACAUGGUCGCCGUAACUGCUGGAUUCUUCUUCAGGAAAUAUUUCAUUGGGUUGGACGAUGUCACUUCCCACGAAAUGUCUUGGAGCGACGGGACGGAGCUGGGGAACUACACCAACUGGAGAGCCGGACACAUGCCGUAUUAUCGCGGGAACUAUGGAGUCCUCCUGGAGGACCAACAGUGGGACCUGACAAGGGGAGACAAGACUCUACCGUACAUCUGUCAGAUGGAUCCAGUCAGCUGAAGAGACGUGAUGCAUAGAAGCAGUGUAACAUGGAAAAUGUCUCAGAUCUACACUGAGUUCAGUUCAUUCGCGCAUUGACUUUGUCCUUUAAGAAAACGAAAGCAAGACUGGUAUAUUGCGUGGUGUUGAACAUCAAUAGAAUGAGAAUAGGAGUAGGGGGCGCAGUAGGGUGUUUAUCCAAGGGAUAUUGCGCCUGACAUAGUCAUCUGACCCUUUUUCUUUCAAGUCAGCUAGAUAUGCACAUGUAGAAAGAAAUCUCAGUUUUACUUUCAGUUCAUCGAAUUGAAUCACCAACAUAAACAGAUGAACCUCA